AUGGCAACCAUUUCGGAUAUAAUUGGAUUUUCUGCGUCUGUGAAGAGGUUUAUGCAGAGACGAAGAUACAAAAGGCUUGACAAGUUUAAAGGUGAAAGAAGGCGGUUAAGAGCAAUUAAAUUGGGCGGGGGCAAAGGAAGGUUACUUUGGAAGCUCAGAUUUGUGCCAAAGUUGAAGCUUAGCUAUACAAAACUUGCACAAAAGUUUUCUGCAAAGUCAUGGCUUAGAAAGUUGAGAGAUUCAUAUGUGAAUAUGAUGUCGAAUCCUGAUCAAUCCAGAUUUAAACAGACACCCAAAAAGACGAGUGUUGAAGAAUUCAACAAUAAGUUGAUUACUGAGAUUUACAAGUCGGUGGGAGUAGAAGUUGUGAUAUUGCCACGCUCGGCUACCACAGUUCAUCGUCAGUUAAUGUGA